AUGUCCCUGUGCAGCGAGCAGCCUGCCCGGCUGUGCAUGGAGGCCCUGCUCUGCACACUGGAUGCGCCCCUGGAGGGAGACGCAGGCCCUUCGAGUACGUACCUCCUACCCUCGGGAGCACUAGGGGGUGGCAGUCUGAGCAAAGACAGCCUGGAAGAGAAGGUGACACCCGCCCCUCCCAGCCCAGCGCCGUCCGGGGAAGAGCGUCACGACCCAGAGCUGGACGGGACCACCGCCUCCCUUCGUCCAGACCCCGUGGCCCUGUCCACGCUGCUUCCAGAGGAGCCCAGCACCAAGCUCGCCUCCCUCCCCAGGAAGAAGCUGUCUUCACUCAAGCAGGCCAACUCGUCCAGGAAGCAGCUGCGACCCAAGGCCACCUCCGCCGCAGGCCUCCUGAGGGUGGGGUCCCAGCCUGCAUCCCCGGGCCUGGGUCUCCCCUCCUCCGCCACGGAGAAGCCUGGCCCGCCCGGGGACCCCGACCCUGUGGCCUCCGAGGGUGAGGAGACAUUUCGGUUGCCAUCGUCGGAGGAGCCCCUCUGGCUGGACCGGAGGCGAGGUGCGGUGCCCACGACACCUGCGCCCCUGCAGAUCUCUCCCUUCACCUCACAGCCCUACAUGGCCCACACGCUCCCCCAGAGGCCGGACCCCGAGGAGCCCACGGUGCCCGAUGAGGCCCAGGAGGCUCCUCUUGAGGACGCCAGUCCCAUGACCUCGAUGGACAAAGGUGAGAAUGAGCUGACCGGGUCGGCCUCAGAGGAGAGCCAGGAGACCACGACGUCCACCAUUAUCACCACCACGGUCAUCACCACGGAGCAGGCCCCAGCUCUCUGCAGUGUGAGCCUCUCAGAUCCCGAAGGCUACAUCGACUCCAGCGACUACCCGCCGCUGCCCCUCAACAGCUUCCUUGAGUGCACGUACAACGUGACGGUCUACACUGGCUACGGGGUGGAGCUCCAGGUGAAGAGUGUCAACCUGUCUGAGGGGGAGCUGCUCUCCAUCCGUGGGGUGGACGGCCCCACCCUGACCGUCCUGGCCAACCAGACGCUCCUCGUGGAGGGGCAGGUGAUCCGAAGCCCCACCAACACCAUCUCCGUCUACUUCCGCACCUUCCAGGACGAUGGCCUGGGCACCUUCCAGCUGCACUACCAAGCCUUCAUGCUGAGCUGCAGCUUCCCCCGCCGGCCGGACUACGGGGACGUCACCGUGAUGGACCUGCACUCGGGCGGGGUGGCCCACUUCCACUGCCACCUGGGCUACGAGCUCCAAGGCGCCAAGACGCUGACGUGCAUCAACGCCUCCAAGCCCCACUGGAGCAGCCACGAGCCCAUCUGCUCAGCCCCAUGUGGAGGGACUGUGCACAACGCCACCAUCGGCCAUGUCCUCUCUCCAAGUUACCCUGGCAGCGCCAACGGGAGUCAGUUCUGUGUGUGGACGAUCGAAGCCCCCGAGGGCCAGAAGCUACACCUUCACUUUGAGAGGCUGUUGCUGCAUGAGAAGGACAGGAUGAUGGUCUACAGCGGGCUGACCAACAAGUCCGCUCUUCUCUAUGACUCCCUUCACACCGAGAGCGUCCCCUUCGAGGGCCUGCUGAGCGAGGGCAGUAGCAUCCGAAUCGAGUUCACGUCCGACCAGGCGCGGGCAGCCUCAUCCUUCAACAUCCGGUUCGAGGCCUUUGAGAAAGGCCACUGCUACGAGCCCUACAUUCAGAAUGGGAACUUCACCACAUCCGACCUGACCUAUAACAUCGGCACCAUAGUGGAGUUCACCUGCGACCCCGGCCACUCCCUGGAGCAGGGCCCGGCCGUCAUUGAGUGCGUCAACGUGCGGGACCCGUACUGGAAUGACACGGAGCCCCUGUGCAGAGCCAUGUGUGGUGGGGAGCUGUCUGCUGUGGCUGGGGUAGUGCUGUCCCCGAACUGGCCAGAGCCGUAUGCGGAAGGUGAAGAUUGUAUAUGGAAGAUCCACGUUGGGGAGGAGAAACGGAUCUUCUUAGAUAUCCAAUUCCUGAACCUGAGCAACAGCGACAUCCUGACCAUCUACGACGGUGACGAGGUCAUGCCCCACAUCCUGGGGCAGUACCUGGGAAGCAGCGGCCCCCAGAAGCUGUACUCGUCCACGCCGGACCUGACCAUCCAGUUCCACUCGGACCCUGCCGGCCUCAUCUUCGGGAAGGGCCAGGGAUUCAUCAUGAACUAUGUGGAGGUGUCAAGGAACGACUCCUGCUCCGAUCUGCCCGAAAUCCAGAACGGCUGGAAAACCACUUCGCAUACGGAGCUCGUGAGGGGAGCCAGGAUCACCUACCAGUGUGACCCCGGCUACGACAUCGUGGGGAGCGACACCCUCACCUGCCAGUGGGACCUCAGCUGGAGCAGUGAUCCCCCGUUUUGUGAGAAAAUUAUGUACUGCACCGACCCCGGGGAAGUGGACCACUCGACCCGCUUGAUUUCGGACCCUGUGCUGCUGGUAGGCACCACCAUCCAGUACACGUGUGAGCCCGGCUUCGUACUGGAGGGGAGCUCUCUUCUGACCUGCUACAGCCGCGAGACCGGCACCCCCAUCUGGACGUCCCGCCUGCCCCACUGUGUCUCGGAAGAGUCCCUGGCGUGUGACAACCCAGGGUUACCAGAGAACGGGUACCAGAUCCUGUACAAGCGCCUCUACCUGCCAGGAGAGUCCCUCACCUUCAUGUGCUACGAGGGCUUCGAGCUCAUGGGCGAAGUGACCAUCCGGUGCAUCCUGGGACAGCCGUCCCACUGGAAUGGGCCGCUGCCUGUUUGUAAAGUUAAUCAAGACAGCUUUGAACACGCGUUAGAAGCAGAAGCGGCAGCGGAGACAUCACUGGAAGGAGGAACUAUGGCGCUGGCUAUCUUCAUCCCAGUCCUCAUCAUCUCCUUACUGCUGGGGGGAGCCUACAUUUACAUCACCAGAUGUCGUUAUUAUUCCAACCUCCGCCUGCCCCUGAUGUACUCUCACCCCUACAGCCAGAUCACCGUGGAGACCGAGUUUGACAACCCCAUUUACGAGACAGGGGAAACCAGAGAGUAUGAAGUUUCCAUCUAGAUAGAGCUACACUUGAGAAGGGAAACUCACAGCUAUGAACUCAACUACAACCUCCUCGAGAAAUUCAUCCAGAGACCAUGUGGCAUUUGAUCAAAACACCCCCAGAGUGUCCGGCUGUCUUUUCUUUAGACUCCUUAUGGAAGACGUACUGUUUUCUUCACUGUAUUUAUUAUAUUUAAAAUGGAGAUAGGUGUGGUUGGAUGUAUUGCCGCUGCGGUCAGAUUCGUGUCCCAGCUUCAAUCGCUUCCGGAGGCCGGUGGGAGAUCUGCGAGAUGGCAGACACAGCAGUAGAGGGGGAAACAGCAGAACCGGGUCGUUUCUCCCAUCAGCAGUGCCAUCCUACGGCUGCGUCGAAUUGCAUGUGUCUUUGGGAUCCAGGCCCGUGGUGUGUUUAGUACCAAUCGCAGUCCCCAGGUUAGGUCGGGAAGGGUAAUUUUUUGUAGGAUUAACUUGGGUUGGAAUUUCCCGUGGAUACUUCAGUAGGUCGGCUCCCAAACAAAUCCGUGUGUUUCCCUCUUCCAGUUUCCCCAGCUUCUAAGGGGCCUGGCCACACCCCCUCCCUCCCAUGCCCCUUCUGAGAGCAGCCAAGAUGUUGCAUAAACAUUCUCUUUUACUGCCCUUGCCUCCCUGGAUGCUGGCAAAAUGAGAAAAUGUUUUCUUUCUAGAAGAGUGAUAAAUGACAAGGAAAUUUUUUUCAGAGAGGAUGAGAGACUUGAGAGUUCCCGUGAAGAACCGGGCAAGGGAGAACGCUGGUCGUGGGAAUCGAGUUAAUAAAAUGUUUUUGCUUUGCACUCCGUCAACAAUGAAGGAGCAGGUCAUUCAGGCUACAGGCCUCAGAAUCGAUCACCUUGUUCAGCGAGGCCACCCUCCAACUGUGAGCAGAGCCGCAGCCUUUGGCAGCAGGAUCCCCUCGUCCACAGAGUGAGAAGGAUGUGUGUGGGAGGGGAGGUGCCAUGUCCUGAGAUCGGGGUGCGCUCUGCUCUUCUCCUGGGGUGCUGGAAUGCCUGAGCCCUCAAAAUGGGGAGACUCCAGUGCCCUGUUUCUCUUAAAGGCGGGAUUUCCUAAUAUAUUUGCAAUCAAGUAUUUCAGGGGAAGGGAGGUUUCUAUGAGAAGAAACUGUUUUUCUAUUGUCUGGAAACUUGGUCCAGAGGUUGAAUAGGGGGGUGAAUGCAAAGAAACAGAACCGGGGGGGUCAAAACCACAAAGGAAUCCUCAUCCUACAACUUGAACCCCAAUGAGAAGAAUGGAGGCGCUGCAGGCCGGAAAGGAAUUCAUAAAGCACCUUACUCAUCGCAUGAGCAUCCUUAUAUUUUACCAGGAUCAUUGCAUCCCAACCCGGGGGGACUGGUGAGCGAAUAACUAACUGUCCAGGAAGAGUCUUUCCUAAAUACAGGAUGCCAGGAAGGAAUAUGGGGAUGUCAGUCACCUCCCUAGUGACAGCCGAUGGCACACAGGUUCAGUGUUUUUGGGGUGCUCGUUGGCUCCCACGCACGCUCUCUAGAAUUGUUUUUAAAUCAGCUGGUUUUCACACAAGAGCAGAUACUUCCGGCUGCCAUGCCUUUGGGAGAGUCUGGGCAUCCGUGUUUGGGUGGCUUGCUUUGGAAACCUCUGGGGCAGCAUAGGGCAGUGGGCUUUGUACACAGGCACGUGCCCUCCUCCAGCAAGGAGCUUGCACCUCGUCCAUUCUCGGAAGUCUGAGGCUGGAAGGUUUCCUCCCGCCAGAAGACCCUGCUUCUCCGGCAGACACGCGUGGUGCUCAGCAAGAGACCGUCAGAGGCCGCUCUCCGGCCACCAGAGCCCACCCCGUCUUCUGGAAGAACCCUUAGUGAGCGAUGCCAUGUUUGGAGAAAGACCAACAAUGCCAAUAACUUGACCUUUUCUCAAGAGGCAGAAAGAACCCAAUCCUUGCUUUUAUUUCUCCUUUGAUGAUGACUCCAACCCUAACCCAGGGCAUCUGGCAAGAACUCUAUGAAUGAUUCUUCAUUGUAGAACCUGCUGUGGUUGCGUGAAAACGAAACACUCGCCUUCCGUAAAGACUGACAAAGUGUAAAAUCUUCAUUCUAACCUGAGAACUGGCCAUGCCAUGGCCCAGGGAUUCGUGUUGGUUGUUGGAGGGACAGAAAAGGUGUCUUUUUUUUUGUUUCCAGGACACCAGUGUCCUAGCUCCGUCUUAGCAGUACAGCCCCUGUGACCACAGUUUAAACGUUCGUUUUAGCCUGAAGGUGGACCGCACGCGCACGCGAGCUGGACGCUGUAUACAGUGUCAUUGCAAGGACAGGCUGGUGUGUGUUUUUUGUCCUGAGUGUGUAUCUGUAACAUGUAAAGGUAAGGAAAUCGUCCUCCUAGUGCCAACAGUGUGCCAGGCAGGCAUCUCAUUUCAGUCCACGCGUGUCUGUUUUUACAAGAUCAAUAUGAAAACCCAUUGGGAUUCAAUAGUUUCCAACAGGAUGCCAUCUUGAGAAACUCAAGAACCGACGGGACCUUCCGAAAAGCCACUCCGUUUUUAAAACGGUGAGGAAAUGUGUUUACAGAGAUGUCACGCUUCCAAGAUGCACGUGAUGACGUGUCUCCCAGGCUCCUUCCUGUUCGAGGGAUGUGUCAGCCGGCACCCCUGUGCUGUAAGGCGCACACACUCUCCCCUCGUCAGCUCAGAGCUCCUCCUCCUGCUAUUUGGGGAGGAGAUGGGGGCGUAGAAUUCUUGAGCCAACAUAAGUAUUCUGGUCGCUCUCUGAUGCUUUAAACCGGAUCUUCUGAAGCCAGCUCCUUGGAGAGCCUACGGGACCCCUGGCCGGUAGCUCUGGAAACCACCAAACAGCCGUGCAGAGCGUCGUCAGGGCGGUUAUGUAAGCGGGAGGGACUUGGGCAAAAAUGACCUUUCUUUGGGGUGAGUCCAAAGAGCAUGACUUUUCUGUGCCCUCGAGUGGUCAUGGUGGGUCGUCGGAGUUGUCAGCACCCGCAAAGGGAGGCUUUCUCCUGGGAUGUUUUCAUUUCCAUUUUAUCCCCAAACCAACUUUCUAAGCGAGAAUAACAAAAGGACGUCAUUUUCCACUUUGUAUAUAUUGAUGCUAAUAAAACAAAUGAAAAAGAG